UUUAUCAGUUAUCUGUAAUAAAAAGCGCUUGGAAUUUUAUUGAUUUGCUUCAAAGAAAUUUUAUUUCUUUGGUUUUUUCUUCCUUUUCUUUCUUUUGAGAUGACUUUUCUUCGUGAACUUGGUAAAACUGGUGUAAAAAUCCCUGCAAUCGGCUUAGGAUGCAUGGGCAUGAGUGAUUUUUACGGUUCAGUCAAUGAACAAGAAAAUAUUGAAGUAUUAAAUCGAGCAAUUGAUAUAGGAUGUACCUUUUGGGAUACUGCUGAUAUGUAUGGAUCCGGAGCCAAUGAAAUUCUUCUUUCAAAAGUUCUCAAAGAACGUCGUAAUGAAGUUUUUCUUUGUACAAAGUUUGCAUUCUCUAAAGGACCAAAUGGCGAAUAUAAAAUAUCAGGCAAACCUGAAUAUGUUCGUCAAGCUUGUGACAAUUCUUUAAAAAGAUUGGGGGUAGAUUAUAUCGAUCUUUAUUAUCAACAUCGUGUAGAUCCCGAUACACCAAUUGAAGACACUGUCGGCGCUUUAGCAGAACUUGUUAAAGAAGGAAAAAUCAAAUAUAUUGGUCUUUCUGAAUGUUCCGCAGAAAGUCUUCGACAUGCUUACAAAGUUCAUCCUAUUGCCGCAGUUCAAAUGGAAUAUAGUCCUUGGACUCUUGAUAUUGAGACAAAUGGAGUUUUAGAAGCUUGUCGCGAAUUAGGUGUUACCAUAGUAGCUUAUAGUCCACUCGGACGCGGCUUUCUAACAGGAAAAUAUAAAUCUCUUGAUGAUUUCGAACCAAAUGAUUUUAGAAGAGCGGUUCCACGUUUUCAAGGUGAAAAUUUCAAUAAAAAUUUGGAAAUUGUACAUAAAUUCGAUGAAUUUGGUAGUAAGAAAGGCGUAACCGCGGGUCAACUUUGUCUUGCUUGGGUUAUAGCUCAGGGUAAUGAAUUUGUUACUAUUCCUGGUACAAGAAAAAUGAAAUAUUUAGAAGAAAAUUUUGAAGCAGGAAAAAUUCAUCUUAGUCCUGAAGAAGUAUCAGAAAUUAGGAAAAUUAUUGAUUCUAUUGAAAUUGUUGGUGAUAGAUAUAAUGAACAUGGCAUGAAGCUUUUGAAUGUUUAAAAAAAAAAGUCAUCCCGAUUGCUGACGAUCCAUCUAAGCACUAUCGUACAUAUAAAAUACAUAUAGCUAACGCGCGUACAAUGUUAAGUCAUUUUUUUUCCAUAGUAAAGUUAUAAUUAUUUUAACAUAUUAUUUUUUUCCUUUGGUUUUUUUACAUAUAUCAUAUGAUUUUUAUUAAAAAUAUUGAGUUAUCACAAUUUUAGUAUUUGUGAAUUUAUUGCCAACUAUGUAAUUUUCGUUAAAUUCGCCUCGAGCAUAAAAUGCUAAAAAAGUAAAAUCUUAAACGAAUUGACAAUCAAAUAAUUAAUAAAUAUUUUUUUGAGUUGGUUGAUUAUUACUA